AUGACGACCAACAAGGCUCUUGUCUUCAAAAAGGUACCCGAUGGCUAUCCUGUUGCUGGGGAGCAUCUCGUUGUCGAAGCCGUGAGCAACGCGAACGACUCGCCACCACCGAACGGAGUCAUUCUCAAAUCCCUCUACGCCAGCUUCGAUCCAUACAUGCGCCCUCGGAUGCGCUCUGUGGAGGUCAAGUCCUACACACCUGCCUUUACUCUCGGGCAAUCCAUCGACGGCGCCGCGAUUGCAGAAGUACUUCGUUCCGAUAACUCCAAAUUUCGCAAGGGAGACCUGGUAAUUGGCCACAUCCCUUUCCAACAGUACAACGCAUUCAGUCAAGAUGAUAUCAACAAAGUGGAUCUACAAAUCCUCGACAAUCCUCUAGGAAUCGAAGAAAUUCAGACUUUCCUCGGAGCUUUGGGAAUGCCUGGUCUAACAGCCUACUCAUCACUGUUCGAAAUUGGAAAACCAAAGAAAGGAGAGAUAAUAUUCAUCUCAGCGGCCAGCGGUGCCGUCGGGCAGAUUGUUGGCCAGCUUUCUAAGCAUGAGGGACUGAAGGUCAUUGGUAGUGUUGGAUCCGACGAGAAGCUUAACUACAUCAUCCAAGACCUGGGCUUCGACGGCGGUUUCAACUAUAAGAAGGAAACUCCCGCAUCGGCUCUGGCGCGACUUGCUCCGGAAGGCAUCAAUAUUUACUAUGAAAAUGUUGGAGGUCAGCAUUUGGAAGCUGCGCUGAAUGCAUUGCGAGAUUUCGGACGCGUUGUCGUCUGUGGCAUGAUUUCGCAGUAUAACUCGGCCCCUUAUCCGAUCAAGAACAUCGACAAUGUUCUUUUCAAGCGUCUUACAAUUCGUGGCUUUAUCGUUGGGGACCAAGGCAUGGGAGACAAGUAUGCCAAGGAGCAUCAGCAAAAUGUCCAGAAAUGGAUCAAAGACGGCUCGUUCAAGGCACUAACGCAUGAGACGCAAGGUAUUGAGAAUGCAGCCAAGGGAUUGAUUGAAAUUUUCCAUGGAGGAAAUAUGGGAAAGGCUGUCUUGAAAUUCUAG